AUGACCGACGCGCAAUCUGCCCAGGAUGCCACCGAGAACCUCCGCAGCAAGCUUGAGCAGAUUGUCGAGACCAAAGCAUACGUUAAUGACCUGGAAAUUGUGCCAUGGUACACGAAGGAGCUAGAAGAGCCAAAGCCGAUGGUCAGAGACUUGUUCGAAAGCUAUAGCAAGGUACCCUCGGUCGACGUGGUAGCACACAUCAAGCACGUGAGGGAUGAAGCCUUCAAGAUCUAUCCAUAUCCCUGUUUGGGCAACUGGGGCUUUCUGAAUUUCUCCGUCGGUGAAGGACCAGCCUAUCAGGAAGUUCUCGCCCGCAUCAAGAGUGGAGAACAAUACCUCGAUCUUGGCUGCUGCAUGGGCCAGGACAUUCGCAAACUGGUCCACGACGGUGCUCCUUCAGAGAAUACGUUUGCUUCUGAUCUCAAGAAGGACUUUUGGGACUUUGGCUACGAAAUGUUUCUGGACAAGUCUACUCUGCAGACUCGCUUUGUGCAGGCCGACAUAUUCGACGCUGAGUCCCAGUUGAAAGAGUUGGACGGCAACAUGGACAUUAUCAAUGCGGCAUCCUUCUUUCAUCUGUUUGGUAGAGAUGGACAGGUCAAAGCAGCAAAACGAGUUGUUCGGUUGCUGAAGCCGCAAACUGGGAGUCUCAUUGUCGGAAGGCAGGGUGGCAGAGCCGAUGCAGGCGGGGUUGUGUAUGAGAGCAAGACGAUGACGGCUUUCUGGCACAACCCUGAUACAUGGGCGGAGCUAUGGAAGCAGGUCGGCCAAGAGACUGGUACGGAAUGGAAAGUUGAAGCGACUCUUGGAGCAGAGGAUCUCUCAAAGAGGAUGAAGACGAACCUGGUACCUUCGGGAACGAGAUUCAUGACAUUCACCAUCCGUAGAAUCUAG